CAACGCAAACCCCUCAAAACACAAACACAAACACUAACACACACACACACACCUUGUACUUGGUUCCAUUCCGGCAAUGGCGAAGGAGAGAGAGAAGAAGCUCCACGUGGCCAUACUCGGCACCUACGCCGCCGAGAUCAAGCUCCUCCUCACCACCCUCCUCCUCCUCUGCGCCGUCGCCACCCUCCUCCAGUUCCUCCCCUCCCGCUUCACCAUCUCCGCCUCCGACCUCCGCGUAUGCAUCUCCCGCGUCACGCAAACCACCCCCUCAACCUCCAACACCACAACCACAAAUGCCACGUCACCAUCACUACCACCACCACCACCGCCACCACCACCACCCACUCUUCCGCCGCCGCCGCCACCCUCCGAGCACCUCCUCCCCAACGGAAUCAUCAAGCGCGCCUUCAACCCCCACGGCUCCGCCGCCUACAACUUCAUCACCAUGGGCGCAUACCGCGGCGGCCUCAACACCUUCGCCAUCAUAGGCCUCGCCUCAAAGCCUCUCCAUGUCUACGCCAAACCCACCUACCAGUGCGCGUGGGCCUCACUCGCCGGCGACACGCUCGCCACCGCCGCCGGCUACAAGAUCCUCCCCGACUGGGGCUACGGCCGCGUCUACACCGUCGUCAUCGUGAACUGCACCUUCCCAGCCCCCCUCAACGCCAACAACGCCGGCGGGAAGCUCCUCCUCUCGGCCUCCACCUCCGGCGGCGGCGACGCGGCCCUCAACGCCACCGACACAAUGGAGGUCCUCACCGAAGCCCCCAACACCCUGGACACGUCCUUGUUCACUUCAAAGCCCAAGUACGACUACUUAUACUGCGGCUCCUCCCUCUACGGGAACCUGAACGCGCAGCGCGUGAGGGAGUGGAUCGCGUACCACGUGAAAUUCUUCGGCCCUCGCUCGCACUUCGUGAUCCACGACGCGGGUGGGGUGCACGCGCAGGUGCUGGAGGUGCUGAAGCCGUGGAUGGAGCUCGGGUAUGUGACGCUGCAGGACAUAAGGGACCAGGAACGCUUCGAUGGCUACUACCAUAACCAGUUCAUGGUGGUUAAUGAUUGCUUGCAUAGGUAUAAGUUCAUGGCCAAGUGGAUGUUCUUCUUUGAUGUCGAUGAGUUCAUCUUUGUUCCUCCCAAGAGUACUGUUAAGUCAGUGCUUGAUUCGCUCUCCGAGUAUUCUCAGUUCACCAUUGAACAGAUGCCCAUGAGUAGCAAGCUCUGCCUCACCGCUGAUUAUGGGAAAACAUAUAGGAAAUGGGGGUUUGAGAAGCUGGUGUAUAAAGAUUCAAAGAAAGGGAUUAGAAGGGAUCGAAAAUAUGCAGUGCAACCGAGGAAUUUGUUUGCAACUGGGGUUCACAUGUCACAGAACCUUGCAGGAAAGACAACUCACAAGACUGAAGGGAAAAUAAUGUACUACCAUUAUCAUGGAACCAUAGCUGAAAGAAGAGAAUCGUGUAAAAUGCUUAUAAAUUCAACACAAAUCACGUAUGACAAGACCCCUUAUGUGUUGGACACCACCAUGAGGGACAUUGCUGGUGUGAUCAAGAAAUUUGAGCUCAAGAUGAUUGGAGAUAGGCUACAGAAGACACGGCAAUGACAGUGCCAACUUUUUAUUUUAUUUAUUUUUUGAACUAUAUAAUAAUUUAACUUGUGUUAGAAUAGAAAUUCAUUGAGCGGUUCUUUUUCUUUUUUUGGGAUAGUUUUUUCUUUAUUCUUUUAUUUCGUAUAUUACAGAUGGGUAUAUGAUCUUGUUUCAUUUUUAAUAGUUCUUGUGUUCCCCCUUUUUUUUUCUUAUUCUUUUCUUUUCUUUUUUACAUUUUGUACAAAAAUAAUGAAUAAAGAUGAAUGGUUCAAUUA